UAUUGCUUUAAACAAACUGACAUACAAGGACAAGAGCUAGCCGCUGUCACUGCCCGGUUUUUUGUAGUUGUAAUAUACAUACGUAUAUAUCAAAUAGUUUGACGUUUAGUUUCUCCCAUUUUAUCGUGGCUGUGGUUGGAAGUAGUACAAGUCAAAUAAAAUAUUUUAAAAAACUUUUACAACCUGAAAAAAAAAAACCCAAAAACAAUGAAAUCUCUUCUAUUAAUGAUUGCCGCCAAGGCGCUGCCGAUUUUGGCGCUUAGUUUUGUGCUCUGUCUGCUGCUCUACAAGAUGUACGUGCACGUGCGCUCACGUUUCGGCAUAACGGUAAACUGCUGGUUCUGUAACACAAACUCGCGCGUGCCGUACGGCGAUCGCAACAGCUGGAACUGUCCCGAAUGCGAGCAGUAUAAUGGCUUUACCGGCGAUGGUGACUAUAAUCGUGAUAUAUUCGCUCAGCACGACUCCAGUAUACGCUGCGAUGCCCACUCCUCGAUGGACAGCAGCAGCGGCAUCAUGCGUAACGGGCUGUGUGCCAAUGCUUACUAUGGCAACGCUAUGGCCGGCGGAACGCCGCCACCGCAAGAUAACGGACUGUGCGACCAGUGCAACGAGGCGCAGCGCCUGAAGAUUGAGAAGCUGGCCCAGUUCGAGCCGCGUUUCGAGGCGUGCUUCGACCAGGAAUUGAAACGCUUUAAACACGAGCUGGAACAGCGCUAUCGCCUGUGCACCACCUGUGAGCGCCAUGUCAACCGUGUGCUCCACGAGAAGAAGAAAAUGGUGCUGGGCGCUAAGCUGUUGAAUUUCAUUAUAAAGGGCGCCGCCCUGCUCAAGCAGCCGCACUAUGAGCGUCUCGCUCAUGCCCAGAAGCAGCGCUGCCUGAUGCGCUACCAGCUCUGGAUGAAGCUGAUGACAAUGGUCAACAUCGUCUGUCUGCUGUGCACCCUGCCCACGGCCACACCGGAGCAGUUCACCGAGUUGCUGGGCAACAUACUGGCCAAGCCCGCCUAUUUCGUCUACACGCACGCCCUGACCAUGCUGCAUCUGACCAUCGCCUAUGCCAGCGAGUGGCUGGCCGCACAGGCCUUCCUCUCAAAGCUCUGGAUGUUUGCCGCCGUCGUGGGCAAACUGGUCUUCUACACCGUGGGCACGCCGCAGUCCCUAGCCGACGAGGUCACCUUCAACAGCUGCUACACCAGCUUCUAUCCGUAUGCCAUGCUGGUCAUCAGUUUGAUUAGUAACCUUGUCUCUGGAUUCAAGUUGACCCGCUAUACCGCGCUGCUCGUCCUGUGGAGCAUCUAUGCCAAGGGCUCCUUUUUGAUCUUUGAGGCCAUCAAUGGGAUCACCUUCAUUCUGUUGGGCAGCUUGUCCACCCUGAUCCUGUUGUAUAUGCGCGACGAGAGUCGCCUGGAGCAACUGUCGGCUUCCGAAAGCUUCCAUCGCCUGUGCACAGACGAGUGCAUCAACGACGAGGAGACUAUCAGCAUGAUCAGCGAGCAGCUGAGCUGCAAUGCGAGCAACAACAGCAAUGCCAGCAACCUGUCCGUGCUGAACUCCAACUGUCCGACUCCGAGCCCGGCCCCGACCCAAGUCGCAGCCCGUACCCCGACCCCGAGAUCGAACCCGGCCCCACAGCUGCGCAGCGUCAGCCUCAACAGUCUGGGCAAGCCCCUUAUUGCGCCUUCGGUGUUGUCCAUGGACUCGCUGCGUGUCUCUUCGCAGCGCACACACCUCAAUCCGAUGUCCCCAUCGCCGGUGCUUUCACCGACGCCAGCCACCAGCUACAAUCCCAUCUAUCACACCCAGACGUCCAUGUACUCGGCCGGCAGCUUGGACCAGCAGGGCUGGCGCCGCAACUAUGCCGUGGGCGUGAGCACGAUUGGAGAGGAUGGUAUUUGGCAGCGCAGCGGCAUUAACUCCAAUUAUCAGACUUCUGGACAGACAAUUUAUGGCCUUGAUCAGCGUCCGAUGACGCGCUCCAACAACAACUUGCUCUAUCCGUCGCACCUCGUAUUGCAGCAGCAGCAGCGCGAAAGCAACAUCUCCGCCUGGGUGAACGCCACCAGUGUCCAUACGCAGCCGGAACUGCUACAUGAGCCCAACACCGCCAAUCUAAUGCAGUGCAACAACAACAACACUCGCGACCUCUCACGCACCUCGUCCCAGUCCUCAGGCUUCGAGUCGCAGCUGGGCAAUCAGCGUCCCGAGCCAUCCCAGUGGGGAUCAGUAUCAGGACAGGACCAGGCAUCACUGAACAAUCUGAAUCCGAGUGUGGGACGCGAUUACCCAUUGCCGUUGCGCGUGCAAUCGCCUCAGGGCUCGCCGUACGCUGGACAGGGGGUUCACGAUAUUCGUCCCGGGGAUCUGUUGCGCAAGUGGAUGGAACGUGACGGAACCGCCAAGGCCAAUUGAUUAAUCAUCUAGUCUUCUUCUAGUUCAUUAGUUGGUUUGUGUUCAUUCGUUAAACUUUCAGGUUUUUUGUUUCUAAUUUUUUAUUUUCUUUUUCUUUUCUUCUUUUUCUUUUUUUUGGCUUGAACAAUAAAAACGAAACACUAACCAUAAUACUAUAGCUAUAUAACUAUAAUAGUAUAACAACUCAGGAAUCAAGGACGCUAUAUUUCAUAGAUAUAUUAACUAUAUUAAGAUCUUGAUUAACGAUAUCUUUUGAAACUAAAAUUAUAAUUAAUUGUAGAAUAGUUUUUAGAGCUAACCGAACUGGAUCGAACUUAAAAUUUAAGAAAUGUUGAAAAGAAAAAACCUGAGAAAAAGCAUAUAUAUAGAUAUACUAACUACCCCGGUCCAGUUCCCCAGCAAAGUCACAAAUUUUUAUUUUAAAAGAUAUCCUAACAUAUAAUGGACAGAAUAGUUCAAAUAUUUAUUACAAUCUGCCAGAAUAUUGUUAUAUAUAAAAGAAACAACAAAUACUUCAA